AUGGAGUCGAUUAGUACCGAAUGGAACAUACCAGGCACCGAGGCAAUCCCGGAGAUGCUUGACGAAAAGCAGUUUAAUAUGCGCUUACAAGGGUACAUACCUAACUAUGUCGCGAGUCCUGCCUUGGCCUUUUGCGCCGUCUACUUCUACAACAUCUCGGACGCGUUAGACCCGGCGACACACAAGCAAGCCGCACCUUUUCUGGCUUUUCUUACACGACUACUCGCCGGCUCGUUUGUAGACUCGAUUUUCAUAUUUACACAUAGCCCGGAUUUCAAAAAAUUGCCGGAAGAUGUACAGGACCAAGUCAUUCGAGAGAUUAAUGCUGUGCCCGGGAAAGCCAUGGUGGCUAUCGGAAAAAGUGGUGAGACUCUUGGAGCAGAUAACACCGGUGAUGCGUACUCCAACUUAGAAGCAUUCUUCAUGAAGACGAUAGCGCGUGCAGUCGAGACCAAAACUUCAGCGACUGCACUGGACGGUAUUUGGAAAGAAGUUGAGGAACAAUAUACCACGGAGAACAAGAUUGCUGCCAUACCUCCGUCCAUAUACAACGCCUUUCUUUCUGGGUACAUGACUGUUUUCCACCCACAACGCUCCGUUGAGAUCUGGAACCACAUGAUUGCCCACAAUGUCAAGCCAAACAUGCAUUCCUGGGUGGCGCUUCUGGAAGGCUGCGCAAAAGCAAAAGACCUCAACGGCUUGAAUGCAAUGUGGCAGCGCAUGUUGAACACUGGUCUUGAGCCCAGUAACUAUGCCUGGACGACGCGUAUCAAUGGCUUGGUGUCUCUGAAGCAGAUCAACAAGGCCUUUGUCGCAAUGGACGAUAUGGCCAAGCGCUGGGUUGCAGCAGAGAAUGCCAUCAACAACGCCCAGGCGACUGCCAAAGGACAAAAAGGUCCGAAAAAGUCAUCGUUGAGCAAGGCAGUCAACACAUGCACAAAACCCUCUAUCGAAGUUGUCAACGGUGCCCUAUCUGCCAUCGUACAGUUCCGUCCUAGAGACAUGAGCCACGAGAAAAAAGUAGAAUUCGUUCAGAAACUCCUUACAUGGUCGAAGAACUUCCAAAUCAAGCCUGACGCCAUAACCUACAAUUCUCUUAUAAAGCUCUACUUAAACGCAGGCGAUAGAUCCACCGCCUUUAGAAUCCUCUCGCAGAUGGAAAAGGAUGGACUAGAGGGCGACGCGGCAACGCACGCAAUGCUUAUCAGCGCCGCAUUUGACAACCAAACCUUUGACAACCUAUCCGAAGCUCAACAAACUUCGCGCAUUCUAAAGAUGCUUGACGAUCUGGAAGCCAGUGGUAUCAAAAUGAACGACUACAUCUACUCUACGGCCAUUGAUCGUCUGUUGAAGAAAUACGCCAAUCAUGCCGCUGUGCGCGCGGUCCUGGAACAUAUGGCCAACAGAAAAUUGAUUCCGAGCGUACAUGCUUACACGUCUAUCGUCACACACUACUUCCAAUCCGAGCCACCUAACAUAUCUGGCGUUGAUGACGUCGUCCUCCGUCUCUUCAGCGCACCCCGUAUGCCCAGCGACAGCGUGCUCUUCGACCGGCUUCUCGAGGGGUACGCGAGCUUCGGUGAAGUGGGCAAGAUGAUGAGUGUACUCGCGCGUAUGAGCAAGCGGAAACACUUACCUGGUUGGGGUGCUUUGAUAGCUGUUGUCAAGGCGCUAGCAAGAGACGGAGAUUUUGAUAGGGCGAAGACUAUUGUGAGGGAUGUUGCUAGGGGGGAGGGUGUGGCAAGGGGCGGUAUCCUAGGGGAUCGGAAGGGGGAGGCUAUGUUCACAAGAGUGGUUCGCGAAUUGGGAUUUGGCGAGGAGAUAAUGGGAGACCGCAUAGGUGGUGAAGGGAGGGGUGGUGUCGCGGGGCUGGAGGGAAGUAUGUUGAAGCGGCAGCUUGAGGCUUCGCAGUACGAGAUGGACUCCGAGAGUGCGCAGUACGAACAGCAACAGCAACCAUCGCCGGUCAUCGAGGAUGGUGGCAACAGUACGACUACAGGAACGGGGCGGGAACCCGGUAGCGUGGAUGAGGAGGAUAUCCAUGGCUUCUUGACCAACGAGUCCGAAGUUGGACAUAGGUAG